UGCUCAAACCUUACCUGUCCACCUCUUUUCAACGAUUCAAACCCAAUCAAGUAUAAAAGCUCGUGAGCUCAACACAAUUUCACUUAGUCUUAUUUACCGAUACUUCUGAACGUUUUAUUUCUAACUUAGUCAUCUCUUCAACAAAUAUGAAGGCACUCAUUCUUGUUGUACUUACAACAAUGGUUUAUGCUUCUGUGGCAUUUCCGCAAAUAAAAGAAGGCCAAGCUUUCAGUAAUGAAGCUAUUAACCAAGCACGUAAUACACAAUUAAUUCCUAAGAAUGCAUAUAUCAGUGGAGUUCUAGAAAGUAGAGAAGUUGCUGCAGUUACAUCGAUUCCUGGUGAUCAAUCAAUUAAUCUAGGCGGCCUUUUACCGGGUGUACCAGACGAUGUCGUCUUCCAACUUAAACGACAAAUUGAAAAGAUUGGUCUUAAUUAAAUCAUUUAUUAAUAAUUUUCUUUUUUUUUAAAUAAAAAUUCAUCAAUUUUAUAUACAUUUAAUCUACCACAUCAAGUAUCUUAACAUAAUUUGUACACAUUUUUUUUUAUGCCAAGUGAAUUUCUUUCAAUUAUGUCGUUUUUAUCAACUUUUUUCAUCAUUUCAUAUUAUUGUCAAUUAUUAAACUGAUAAUAUUAGUGUACAAAAUAAUUCCAAAAGUGAAAUUAAAUUAUAUAGUAAGCGUCAAAUGAUGAGACAGAGAAAGCUACUUAACAACUCCAACAAUUCAUACUUUCACUUCUGUAUUAUUCAGAUGGCUAAUUGAAGCUAUUGUAAAUGUUAUAUUGUAGUUUAUUGAAACGAACUUUUUUUUAUACUAUUAACUUCAAAAUUGUGAAAUAAUUCAAUAAUUAUAUUUUUUUAUACUUGUUUUAAAUAAAAAAUUAUCGUUUUAA